AUGCCUUUCUACAAAUCCACAACUACAAUCGAGGACUGGGCUCGUUCUGAGAAGUUCCAUGAUUCUUUCCUCCUCUCCAAAGACUACAUUCUCGACGCUGUUGCUAACCACAGCGCCAGUCUCGGACUUCCAGACGUAGCUGUUUCCGAGUCCCAGGGCAAAUUCCUGAAUCUUCUCGCCCGGAGUAUUGGUGCAAAGCGUAUUCUUGAAAUAGGAACUCUCGCAGGAUUCUCUGCAAUCCAAUUCGCCCGUGCCGUUCCGGAUGAUGGUAAUGUUACCACACUCGAGUUAGAUCCUCUCCAUGCCAAAGUCGCCUCAGAGAAUUUUGAAAGAGCAGGCGUAGCCAAGAAAAUCACCCUGUUAGUUGGACGCGCAGCAGACUCAUUGGUCGCAUUGGAUCCCGAGAAAUUGUUCGAUCUGGUUUUCAUUGACGCCGAUAAGUUGUCCAACGUCAUAUACUAUACUGAAGCCAAACGCCUCCUUCGAUCUGGGGGUAUCAUAAUCGUCGACAACGCAGUGUAUGACGGAAAAGUUGCAGAUCUUGAGUUCAAUGACGACUGGGCGUUAGGUGUUCGUGAACUUCUUGCAGUGAUGAAAGAUGACAAGGAGGUAGAAGCCGUUACUAUCCCAACUGUUGGAGCGAGAGGAUUCGAUGGUUUUAUAUACGCGAUUCGGAAGUAG